GCAGUAUGACCCGAGGAAGGCAGCCUAAGGUGAAAGCCAAAUGUUUGUCUAAAGUUGAACGAGUUGAUAGAAUCACCACACUUCCUCGAGCCAUAGUAGAAACUAUCUUAUGUCUUUUACCAAUUAAAGAAGCAGCUAGGACAAGUGUCCUCUCAAGGGAAUGGAGGUACAACUGGACCACAAUUCCUAAACUUGCGUUUUACCAGGAUCAUGUGAAAAAAUCGUCUGAUGGGAGUGAAACAUCUGACUUAGAAAGGGCAAGGAACAACAUGGACACGAGGUGUAAGCUUAUCUAUGUUAUACACCAAGUUUUGUUACUCCACCAGGGUCUUAUACGUGAGUUCACGCUUUCGAUGGAUGCACAUUACACCUGCUUUGAAAUUGACCAGAUACUACUUCAUUUGUCGAGGAACCAUGCCGUUAAGAAAUUAAGAUUUGAUUUCUAUGAUGAUAAUGCAUAUUGUUUACCUUUAUCUUUGUUCUCGUUGCAUCACUUGACGGAUUUGGAUCUUGAAAAUUGUAAUAUCAACCAGAAACCAAUAUUCAAUGGAUUUGGUAGCCUUACAAGCUUAUCCUUGAUAUCUGUAAAGAUCUCUAGAAAAGCUCUUCUACAUCUUUUAUCUAAUUGUCCAUCACUUAAGUGUUUGUUUAUGUCGUUAGUUCAAGUCUCAGUUUCACAAGAGCUUCCAACUUCACUAAUCCACCUCAAGUACUGCUAUAUCGAAGAAUUGUCUUUUAAAGAUGGCUAUGGAUUGCCUUUUAUUGCUGCUUUGAUCAAAUGCUCCCCAAACUUGGAGACAAUUGACCUGGCGAUAAAGUCUGUUCUGCUGCAUGAAUACUCCGUUACGUUGGAAAAAUACUCAAAUGUUUGGUUGGAGCAUCUGAACGAAUUGGAGAUUGGAUAUUUCACACAUGUGAAGCCUGUGUUGGAGUUGGUGAAGUUUAUUCUUGCCAGGUCACCCAAUCUAAAGAAGGUGAGUUUGCUAACCAAUUCGGUGGUGGACAAGAAUGAAAGGUUAGAGAUGUUAAAAACUCUUAGGCGCUCCACACGCACCACCGGUGGAAAUUGUUGUACGUUGAGUAUCGCUUCUUUAAACCUCAAGGAUGGUUUUCUUUUGGAGGAAACCUUUUGA